UCUUUCUUCUUUGCUAUGAACACCAAACAAAUUUAGGCAAUCUGUAGCCGGGUAUUUCGAUAAAAAAGUAUAAAUAAUAAAAGAUUUUUAUAUAUUUAAAGUAACUUCUAUCCAUUGUUAAGUGUUAAGAUCAAGUAUAAAUUGCUAAAGGGAAUUUUUGUGCAAAGCCAGCGAACACGAUGCCGCCGAAAAAACAUGAAGAACCGGAACGUAAACCAUUGAUUGGUCGUAUCGGUACUAAUUUACGUAUUGGUAUCGUUGGGGUUCCAAAUGUGGGUAAAUCGACUUUCUUCAAUGUAUUAACAAAGAGUGCAGCACCGGCUGAGAAUUUUCCGUUCUGCACUAUUGAUCCCAAUGAAAGUAGAGUUCCUGUACCGGAUGCUAGAUACGAUUUUUUGUGCGAAUAUCAUAAACCGCUCAGCAAAGUUCCAGCCUAUCUGAAUGUGGUAGAUAUUGCUGGUUUGGUCAAAGGUGCUGCCGAGGGUCAAGGUUUGGGUAACGCAUUUCUUUCGCAUAUUAGCGCCUGCGAUGCCAUAUUUCAUUUGUGUCGAGCUUUUGAUGAUCCCGAUGUUACGCAUGUUGAGGGUGAAGUAGAUCCAAUACGUGACUUGGACAUUAUAGCGGAAGAGUUGCGUUUAAAAGAUGAAGAGAAGCUAAUGCAAAAUCUAGAGAAACUGGAAAAAGUCGUAGCCAGAGGUGGUGACAAAAAACUCAAACCCGAAUAUGACACAUUAUUGAAGAUAAAAGGUGUGCUUGUGGAUGAGAAGAAACACAUACGUUUUGCCGACUGGAAUGCUCAUGAUAUUGAAUUCUUGAAUAAGUAUUUGUUUUUGACUUCGAAGCCUUGCAUUUAUCUAGUUAAUUUAUCCGAUAAAGAUUUUAUACGCAAAAAGAACAAAUGGUUGAUUAAGAUAAAAGAAUGGGUGGAUAAGAAUGAUCUCGGCGCGACUAUUAUACCAUUUUCGGGAGCGUUUGAACAAAUUUUGGCUGAAAAAGACGAUUUAGAACGCAAAGAAUACGAAGAUGAAGUUAAAUGCAAAAGCCAAUUGGAUAAAAUAAUUGUAACUGGUUACAAGGCUUUGCAAUUGGAAUAUUUUUUCACUGCAGGUGCUGACGAAGUAAAAGCUUGGACCAUACAGAGAGGAACUAAGGCACCACAAGCCGCUGGUCGAAUACAUACUGAUUUUGAAAAGGGUUUCAUUAUGGCUGAAGUAAUGCAUUAUAAGGACUUUAAAGAAGAAGGUAGUGAAGCUAAUUGUAAAGCGGCUGGCAAAUAUCGGCAACAAGGACGCAACUAUGUGGUUGAAGACGGUGAUAUAAUAUUUUUUAAAUUUAACGCUGGUGCCGGCUUGAAAGAUGCGAAGAAGAAAUGAUAUCACCUUAUAAUCAUUCUAUUUGCCAUGUUCUACAUUAACAUGAUUUUUUAUUCACAAAGUUUUUAUCAUCGUAAUCGUGCUUAACAUAUUUGGUGCAUUAUAGUACACAUUAUCUCUUAUUAAGCGUACCAAACAAUACGAUAUUUUAAAGAAGAAUGGAUUGCGAUAAUAAAAGCGACGUAUUCAGCUAA